AUAUAAAAAUAAAUAUAAAAAAAAUUAUGAUAUAGUUGGAAAUAUAUACAGUUUAAAUAAAAGCAAAGUAACAAAUCAUAUAAUAAAUAAUGUAAAAAGGAAUAUUAAAUUAUAUAUUAAAAAAAAUAUAAAAAAUAUAAUAUAUAAUGAUAUAUUUUAUUAUUUCCCAUGUAAAUGCUUAACUAAUAUAUUAAAUAAUUAUUGUAAUAAAAAUGAAGUUGAAAAUCAGAAUGAGAAUCUUUAUAGUAACUUUAAUUUAUAUAAUAUAAUAGAAAAUUUCCCUUUUUUUAAUAGUUCUAUGCUACCAUUAUAUUCUUCAUUUAAAUUUUUAAUAUAUAAUUGUGCUAUACAUUAUUAUAGGUCUAAAAAUAAGGAUAUGUAUAAAAAUAAAAAAAAACACGAUAUGAGAAAAAAAAAAAAAAAAAAAAAAAAAAAUUAUAAUAAUAGUAAUAGUGAUGGUAAUAGUAAUAGUAAUAGUAAUAGUAUUAGUAAUAGUAAUAAAUAUAUGAAAAGUAUGAAAAAUUCACAAAAUCCAAAUCCUAUCGAUUCUUGUUCUCCAUUAUAUUUUAAGAAUAUAUGUGAUAAAUGCAAGUUUAUUAAAAUUAAAAACUUUUGCGCUUUGCUCUUUUUUAAUAUAUUAUUUAUUAUGAAGAGAAUUUUUUAUAAUUAUUACAUUAUGAUCAAUUUUAUUAUAACAUUAUUAAAUAAAAAUAUGUUUAUUAAAAGAAAUCAAAUCUAUCGUUUAAUUAAAAUGUAUUCAUCCUAUGAUUCCAUGGAAUCUAAUUAUUUAUUAAUCAAACAGGGAGAUAAUACAAAGGAAAGAUUAAAAAAUUUGUGUGAAGAGGAUAUAUCGAAAAUGAAUUUGUUAGAAGCUAGUAACACUACAAAUAUAAUAGACACGAUGAAAAAUACAUAUAUUCAUUCAAACAAUACUCAGGAGAUAGAUAAUAAUAUUUUAAAUAUAAAUAAUACAUUAAAUGGUAAGACAUCUAUUACUAUAUUUGAUAAUAAUAAAACAGAUGUAUUAUAUGAUCAUAUAUAUGAAAAUAAUAAUAUAGAUAAAUCUCCAAAUUAUAAUUAUUAUAAUAGAAAUAUAAUAAAAGAAACGGCAUCUAAUAAUAUGAAGAAAACAAAGGAAAUAUUUAUUAAAGAAUAUUUUAUAUAUAAAAGGUUUAAAAUACAAAUUAUACAAUAUAAGAAAUAUUUAAUAAAUGUGUUUACUAAUUUUUAUUAUUAUGCAAUAAUCGAAUUAAUGUAUAAUAAAUCUUUAUCUUUAGAUAUAGAAAUAUUUUUUUCUCUUUAUAUUAUUAUAUUAGAAAGAAUUAACCACAGUAUACUAAAUGUUAUUGAAAAUAUGGAAAAAUAUAAGAAGAAAGGAAAUAUAGAAAAUGUACAUAAUAUAUUAACAUCUGAAUCCAUAAAAAAAGAAUACCAUAUGCCAAUAUUUUUUUAUGAACAUAUUAAUGAGGAAGAGAAAGAAAUAAUAUCUAAGGAUAGAAGAGAUAUUAAAACAAAUACUUUAUUACAAUAUAAUGAAGGUAUAUAUAAUAAUAGAAAUUUUUUUAUGAAAAAUAAAAGAAAAAAAGAAAUUACAUUAUUAUUUAAUAUUAUGAAUUGUUAUGACAAUUUUAAUAAUAUGUUGCAUCUGAAAAAGGAAAAUAAGCAGAUAGUGGAUAAUACCAAUUCGGUUGUUAAUGGAGAAUAUGAUAUUUUAAAAUUGUAUACAAAGGAAAGGAAUUAUCUGUACAAUAUAGAAAGUUGUCGAAAGAAAAAAAUUCUCUACAUGUAUAAUUUGAAUAAUAAUGACGAAAAUGAGACGUAUAAUCAGAAUUUAUUUUAUCAUUAUAUAGGAAGGAUAAUUGAUCGGGGUAGAUAUAUAAUAUUUGAGGAUAUGAAAAAAAAAAGAAAAAAAAAAAACGAACAAGAGAAAAAUAAACAACACGAAAAGGAAAAAGAAAAAUAUCAAGAGGAAAAGGAAGAACAUAAAGAAGAAGCCACAAGUGGUUGUUAUUUUUUUGUGUUUAAUCCAAAUGAUACGUCAAAUAUAAUAUUUCAUUCGUUGUUAUCUCAUGUAUAUAAGAAUAAAUUAAAAGUUAUAUAUGAAAAGGAGAGCAAAAAAAAAGGAGGGGUAAAAAUAAAGCAUAAGAAUAAUAGAAUUAAGAUGGAUUCAUAUGUUACUACGUAUAAUGAUGAUAAUAAUAAUAAUAAUAAUAAUAAUAAUAAAAUUAAGAUGGAUGCAUGUCUUACUACGUAUCAUAAUAAUAAUAGUUAUUUUUAUGACGAUGAUGAUAAUUUGAUUGUAAGCAGGAAAAGAAAUAUACACGAUUCAGAAAGCGAAAUAAAGAAUAUAUCCUUUAUUUUAGGUAAUACAUUAAAUUGUUAUAAUAUAAAUACAUAUAUUAAAAGAUGUAUUAAUAAUUUGUGUCUAAAUUUAAAAAAUGAUGAUAUCGAUUAUUAUAUUAAUUGUAAAAAUGAAGAUAUAUUGACUAUAAAUUUGAAUGAAACUAUAUGUGUGUACAUAUUCUUUCCCUUACAAUUUCAUUAUUUAAGAAAGUUGUUGUGUGAUAAAGAAGAAGAUUUUAUGAAAUCACUUAAGAAAAGUAAUUUCAUAAACUUUGAUCAUAAAAAAAGGCAUUUUGUUAAAACCUAUGAUGAUAGAUUUAUAAUAAAAGAAAUAAAUAAAUAUGAAUUUAAAUCUUUUAUUAAUAAAUAUAAAGAAUUCUUUCAAUAUUUUUCAGAUAUCCUUUUAAAAAAAAAAAAAUCAUUAUUAUGUUAUAUGUACGGAUUAUAUCAAAUUGAAAUAAAAAAAAGAAAUAAAAAAAAUAUGAAAACAUAUAUUAUAUUAGAAAAUGUAAAAAUUGAAAAUCCAAAUUCCAAAAUUUUAAUAUUUGACAUUAAAGGAGCACGAAAAAAAAAAAAUUUACAAAAGUUAAUAAAGCAAAAAAGAAAAACAAGUUUCCCAUUUUUCUUCUUUGGAAGAAAUGAAAGUUAUUCAUUAAAUACAUGUAAGAUAACAGAAGAUAAAUAUAUGUCAGAUGAUUGUUCUUCCGGUAUAUCUGAAAAUUUAAAGACUUUUAGAAAAUAUAUGCAUAGGGAGAAACAUUUAAAAGAUACUAUAUUACAAGAAAGAAAAGAUGAUGAAUGUAGCAUGAUAUAUAAUAAAAAUGCUUAUUUGGAGUUUUUAUCCUUAGAUAAUACAAAAGAAGUCAAGAAUAAAAUAUCUUCAAAUAUUAAUGAUAUGAGUGAUGAGCCUUUAUCCUUUCUACCAAAUUGUGAGUAUAACAAUUCGGAGGAUUAUGUUGUAGAUCUAAUGAAAAAUAAUCAGGUAGGACAAAAAAAAGAGGAAAUACAAGAGAAAAUACAAGAGGGAAUACAAGAGAAAAUACAAGAGGGAAUACAAGAGGGAAUACAAGAGAAAAUACAAGAGGGAACACAAGCGAAAAUACAAGAGGGAAUACAAGCGAAAAUACAAGAGGGAAUACAAGCGAAAAUACAAGAGGAAAUAGAAGAGGAAAUAGAGCAAUAUCAUAAUAUUAAUGUUAUAAAUGAGGAAGAAAGUAAUAUAGAGAUACGUAAGGAUGAAAGAAGUCCGUGCAUUUUUAUCAAUCGAUUAAACAUGGAAGGGUUAGAAAGAAAGCCAAGAGAAGAUAUGAACAGCAAAUAUAAAAAUGAUGACAAUAAUAAUAAUGAAGUUAAAGAUAAAGAUUAUGGAAAAGAUAAAACCAAGAAAAAAUUAUUAUCUAAAAAAAACAAAGUAAAACGAAUUAAUGAAGAAAAGAUUAAUAAAAUGUUUAAACGGAUAAGAAAAAAAAUAAUAAGAGGUAUCAUUAACGUUUGUACAAUUCCAAGAAUAAUAAGUCCCAUAAAAUUAUAUAAUUUCACAAUGAAAAACACAUACAAAUAUAAAAACAAAGAAAAAAAGGACAGCAAAUAUAUAUAUAUUUAUAAAAAUAAUAAUAGGUUGAAACACGAUUUAUCCUAUGAUAUGGACGAUAAUCUGCAGAGAUGUAAAAAUGAAAAUGUGUUCAUAAAGGAAAUAUUAGAAGACACCAAAAUGUACAUAUUAUUAAAUAGGAGUAUAUUUAAAAUGAUGAACAGGAAAAAGAUGUUAAGAGAGGAUUAUAGAAAAAAUUUGAGAAAUGUAUAUUUAUAUGGACCUAUGGUAUCUUUAGAAUAUUUAGUAACAAAAAGAUUUUGUUUGCAAAAAAAAAAAAAAAAUAUAAAAGAUAAAGAUAUGAAAGAUAUAUGUAUAAAUGAUACAAAUAAUAUGAUAAGCAAUGAUAAUAAAUAUAAAUCAGAAGAAGGAAAUGUUGAUAAUAAUUAUGAUAUAAAUAGGAUUGUUGAUAAUAAAAACGAAAAUAUGGAUGAUAGUAUGUAUUAUUAUUAUUACUAUUAUCAUUCUUUUAUAGGAAAUGAUGUAGGUAAUAAUAUGAAUGUAGAUAAUAGUUCGAAUUCUAUUGAAAAAUAUAAUAAUUUUACGAUUGAUAAUUAUAAUUCUUUAAAAAAUUAUAAUGUUUUAUUUGAUGAUAACUUUAGGGAUUAUAUAAAAUCGAAGGUUAUAAAUUUAGAAUAUAAUGAUUAUAAAUAUUUAAUGGAUUCUUUAAAUGAAGACACGAAUUUUUUAUGUUCUCAAGAUAUUAUGGAUUAUUCCUUAUUGAUUCACAUAGAUAUACAUAAUUAUGAGAUUAUUUUUAAAAUUAUAGAUUACUUAAGACCAUAUACAUGGGAUAAAUCUGUAGAAAAUUUUAGCAAGAGUGUAUUAUAUUUAACUAAGGGAUAUAGACCCACAAUUAUUCAAUCAGAAUAUUAUAAAAAACGAUUUCUUAGUAAUAUAAAGAAAUAUGUAUUUUAUUAUGUACCUAUAUAUUCAUUUAAAAAAAAAGUAGUAUUCAAAUUAUCUGGAGGACAAAAUAGGGAGUUUUCAAUAAUACAAUUGAAUAAGAAAAAUCCGUAUCAAAAAUAUUUUUCUUAUAAUUUAUUUAAUUUAAUAUUAAGAUAUUAUAAUAAUUUCUAUCUAUAUAAGAAAUAUUAUAUAUCAUCUACUAUAUCUUAUGAUUUGAAAUAUAAUCAAAAUUGGUAUUAUAUACCUAUAUCAAAAGAUAUAUAUUGUAAAAAGAAUAUAUACAUUUUUUUGAGCUAUUUUAUGAAAGAAUAUUAUAUACAAUAUAUUCAAAAUAACAAUAAAUAUCAACAUAAUCAUUUCAUGUUAACCAAUUUAAUAAAUAUUAUGAAAUCAACUAUAUAUGAAAAUGAUAUAAAGAGUAAUACACUUGAUAGUACAAAUAAAUAUGAGGAUAAAAUAAAAAAACUUAUAGAAUGUAUAGAUAAAUUUGUAUAUAAAAAAGGAAAUCAUAUAUAUGAUGAUAUAUGUCAUGAUAUAUGUGAUGAUAUAUGUGAUGAAAUAUUUUUAAAUAAUAAUCAAAAGGAUAGGAAAGAAUAUUUUUAUGACCUAAUUAUACCAUACUCUUCUCAGGAACAGUAUAACAAUAUAUAUGAUAUUAAUAAUAAAAAUAUAGAAAUAUUAUAUCCAUAUUAUAAUAACCAUUAUGUUGAAAAACAUUCUAAAUUAGGACCAUAUAUUAUUUUGAACACUGACUCAUAUUUUUAUAAUCAAAAAUAUUAUAAAAAAAUGAAAAGACAAUUUUAUAAGAGGAUAUGUGAUCUCCAAAUAAGUAUAUUAAAAAAAUUACAAAAAAAUAAAUUUCACAUGGAAAAAAAUAUAUCCUAUUAUAUACAAAAUAAUGUAUAUAUAGAAAUGACAAAUGUUGAUAUACAUUAUACAAAUAUGAAUUUCUUGGAUGUAUUCAAUCUUUAUAAUAUAUGUGAAAAAGAGAAAAAUGAUCAUUUUUACAGAAGCAGAAAAAGUAAAAGCAAACGACGAACGAACACGUACAUGUAUGUACCUUCAUAUUUUUUAUUUUCUCUACAUAAAAGUUGA